AUGCCUACUGCUUCCUCUAUGUUUCGUGCUGGGACUAAGAUCCAGGCAGAGAGCACACAGGCUGAUGGCAGGACCUUCGAGCAGCUCAGACAGGAGUGUCUGCAGAGGAAGAAGCUGUUCGAGGAUCCUGAUUUCCCUGCCAUAGAAUCUUCACUCUUCUUCAGCGAGAGCGUUCCUGUCAACUUUGAGUGGAAGAGACCCGGGGAAAUCUGCAAAGAUCCAAAGUGGAUCCUUGGUGGAGCUGAUAGAACAGACAUAUGUCAAGGACAGCUGGGAGAUUGUUGGUUGUUAGCAGCAAUCGCCUCCCUGACGCUGCACAAAGAAGUCCUGGCGAGGGUUGUGCCCCCUGACCAAACCUUUGAUCAUGGUUAUGCUGGCAUCUUUCGCUUCCAGUUCUGGCAGCAUAACCACUGGCUGGAAGUGGUGGUGGACGACAGGCUGCCAAGUGUGAGGAACAAGUUAGUGUUCCUUCAUUCAGCCGACAACAAUGAGUUUUGGAGUGCCCUGCUGGAGAAAGCUUAUGCCAAAAUGAACGGAAGCUAUGAAUCGCUGAAGGGAGGCAGCACUCUGGAGGCCAUGGAGGACUUCACCGGUGGAGUGGGAGAGGUAUACGAGACCAAGAAAGCCCCCGAAGACCUGUUCAACAUCCUAAAGAAAGCGCUGGACAGAGGAUCAAUGAUGGGCUGCUCCAUUGACAUCACCAGCUCAGCUGAAUCUGAAGCUCAGACUCCAACCGGCCUGGUUAAAGGUCAUGCCUACUCCAUCACUGGUCUGGAAGAGGUGAACUACAGAGGCAGCAAAGUGAGGCUGAUCAGUGUCAGAAAUCCCUGGGGCCAGGUGGAAUGGAAUGGACCCUGGAGCGAUAAUUCCAGAGAGUGGAGUUACGUCGAUAAAGCAGAUAAGGUCAGACUGCUGGAAAACGCCACAGAGGAUGGAGAAUUUUGGAUGGAGUUUGAAAACUUCAAGAUGAACUAUGACAGGGUGGAACUGUGUAAUUUGAGUCCUGACUCUCUGACCGAUGACACCAAGAAGAAAUGGGAGGUAAAUGCUCUGGAGGGCAGCUGGAUCCGGGGCUCUACAGCUGGAGGCUGCAGGAACUUCAUUGACACGUUCUGGACGAACCCUCAGUUCAAGGUGAAGCUUGAGGAUGCAGAUGGUGAUGGCCAGUGCAGUGUCGUUGUUGCCCUUUUGCAGAAAAACCGACGCAAACUUCGCACAGAAGGACUUGACAUGGAGACAAUUGGAUUCGCCCUGUACGACGCUCCCAACAAUGAGGACCACGCCGGAAAAGAUUACUUCCGUUAUAAUGGCUCAAAAGCACGCAGUCGCACCUACAUUAACACACGUGAAGUUUCUGAACGCUUUGCUCUUUCUCCGGGGAACUACCUCCUGGUGCCCACCAUCUUCCAGCCUCACAAAGAGGCAGACUUCUUAGUGCGGAUCUUCUCUGAGAGCAAAGCCUCUGCAUUGGAGAUGGGAAACACAGUUGAAGCUGACCUGCCUGAUCCACCGCAGCCCAGUAAACCAGAGCAGGAAACUGAUGAGGAAAAAGGACUCAGGAAGCUGUUUGAACAUAUUGCUGGCUCAGAUCAGGCAAUCAAUGCACAAGAGCUGCAGGAUGUCCUGACUGGAGUACUUAGCAGGAGAAGAGAGAUUAAGUUUGAUGGUGUGAGUCUGACCACCUGCCACAGUAUCAUUAACCUGAUGGAUGUGGACAACUCGGGCAUGAUUGAGUUUCAAGAGUUUAAAGUCUUCUGGGACAAACUGAAGAAAUGGAUGAUGUUGUUCCUGUCCUAUGAUACAGACCGCAGUGGCCGCAUGUCGUCCUAUGAGCUCCGCAUCGCACUUGAAGCUGCAGGGAUGAAGCUAAAUAGUAAGCUGCUGCAGCUGAUUGCGCUGAGGUUUGCAGACGAGAACUUUGAAAUUGACUUUGAUGAUUACCUCACUUGCAUCGUCCGACUGGAGAACAUGUUCAGGGUUUUCCAAGCUUUGGAUCCCCACAACAGGGGGGAAGUCACCUUGAACUUUCAACAGUUCCUGCUGUUGUCCAUGAAUGUCUGAGUGGGGGAAAAGCUGGAGAAGUUGCUAAAAGAAUUCAUCUUUAUAUUAUUCAAGUAUUAAUUGUGUUACACAUCAGUUUUCCAGACACAAAUUCAUGCAAAAACCAGGACAACAGAAAUUUUAAUUGGAAAUCUGAAUAAACUGGAAAUUAUCCAAAGACGUAGCCAGGGGUUUUAUUCAUGUUGGGAAAUGUGUACUAUAUGUUUUU